AUGUUGUCGACCAAAUACAUGUUUGACCUUGGACUGGGCGGCGUGUACAGCGGCUACGGCACCAAGUACCAGCCGGGCUCAGGCAGCUACGGCACGUACGGCUCCUACCAGCCGGGCUACGCAGGCCAAGGCGUGACUGGGUACGGCUCGUACGGCUCUUACGGCGGCUACAGCGGCGCGGGAGGCUACGGCGGGUACAGCUCCGUGGGAGGCCUGCAGCCCUGCUACAGCGGUUUCGGCACCAUCACAGGCGGUUACGGCGGCUUUCGGCCCAACUACUCGCCCGUCGGCCCCAGCUACUACCCGACUUCAGGCUCUUCGUAUCCGGGGACCUACUCCAGUUCGUAUCCGGGGACCUACUCGAGUUCGAUUCCCGGAACCUAUUCCAGUUCGAUUCCUGGAACUUACUCGAGUUCGAUUCCUGGAACCUAUUCGAGCUCGAUUCCUGGAACGUACUCGAGUUCGAUUCCCGGUACAACAGGCUAUCCUGGCAGCCUGAGCAAUUUAGGUCCGGACUAUCGAGGAUAUAAAGGUUUCCGCGGGUACUCAAACAGCUACAGCCCGUAUGGUACACGUUAUGCCGCAUGAAGAAUUACUAGCGCCAUUGGCGAACGAACUUCUCUGAAGGCCACGAGAUCUUUCAUAAGUUGCCACAAAAUACUUUGACAUCAUUUGAGUAUUGAUCAUUCCUUGCAGAUGAUUAUAUUUGAUGAUUUAAUCUCAUUAAUGAUUUGAUAUCAAACAUUCACUUCCAACCUAUGUGAAUGAAUUACCAGAAUAGUUACUGCACUGUCAACAAAUGUUUAUGUUUAUUUGUAUACGCUAUACAUUCUCUGUAAUAAAGUGAUAAACGUAACAACUGCAAACAAUGGGUCAAAAGGCAACACAUGCUCUCAAUAUCUAUUUGGUGUAGAUUCAAUUAUGUAAAGCCACAUCUACACUAUGAACAGCUCAUUUCUUCAUAAAGGACCUCUUGUGAAGAACCGUGAAUUGGUCCUAGUCAAGUGCAUAAAGCGAUAUUAAUUUAGCGCAUUAAAUAUUAUUUUAACUCUACCUAAUAGGUACAAAAGAUAUCCCAAAAAUAUGUCAAAGUGAAAUAUGUGCGAGCUAUAUUAACAUAGAGGUAAUAAUUUAUUAAUGCUUCCUUGUAACUUUUAAUCUCAAAAAGAUAUUAACUUAAAAAUUAAAACAUUAUUCACUAAUUUCUGAAGCUUUGGAUUUGGUUAAAUUGUUGGAAAUCUGGACAAGGUAAGCGAAUAAUUGAUGUUAUUUUGGGAAUAAGGGAAAAACCGCAUAAUUUAUAAUAUUGUAUUGAAGGUGAAAAAUUACAAUAAAUAAAUGUACAUUUUGUAGAAAAAGC